UUCCGUUUAAACCCUAGCAAUAGGGGUUUAAGCUAACGCCACGCAGUGGACAGGGCUCGUAGAUGAUCCAUUUCCAAGGCGCAUUCUGAAGCCAUGGCAGCUGCUAGGUUAACCACUUGCGCCGCGGUGGCAGCCGCGGUGGCUUCCAUGUCCUCGCUUUCCGAUCGCGCCGCCCACGCCGAUUCUUCUUUUCGCUUCCCGUUCUUCUCUUCUUCACCUUCCAAUUCCCCUUCGCCGUCCGACCCUGCUUCCGAUUCUAAGAUGGAGCAGCCUCCCCCCGAUGAACCUAACAAGUCCGGCUUCGACCCGGAAUCGUUGGAAAGAGGAGCCAAAGCCCUCCGUGAAAUCAAUAGUUCUCCCUACUCUAAACAGGUGUUUGACUUAAUGCGAAAGCAGGAACAAACUCGCCUUGCUGAGUUAGAUGCUGAGAAAGUUUAUUUUGAACUUAUUCAAUCCCAAGGAGAUAUUGAAAGGCAGCAGAAAAUGGCUGAAGAACAGCGAAAUCUAAUGCAAGAGCAAGCUCAGAAACAGGCCCAGGUGCUGCGAUAUGAAGAUGAAUUGGCAAGGAAAAGAAUGCAGACAGAUCAUGAAGCUCAAAGGCGACACAAUGUUGAAUUGGUUAAGAUGCAAGAGGAUUCUUCUGUAAGAAAGGAGCAGGCAAGACGUGCUACUGAAGAACAGAUUCAAUCUCAGCAGCGUCAGACUGAGAGAGAGCGUGCUGAGAUAGAAAGAGAAACUAUUAGAGUUAAAGCAAUGGCAGAGGCUGAAGGUCGAGCGCAUGAAGCAAAAUUGACUGAGGAUCAUAAAAGGAGAAUGCUUAUGGAACGGAUGCAGGGUGAAAGAGAUAAAUGGCUUGCUGCGAUCAACACAACCUUUGGUCAUAUUGAAGGUGGUUUAAGGGCCUUAUUGACUGAUAGGGACAAAUUGGUUAUGACUGUUGGGGGAGCUACUGCAUUAGCUGCAGGAGUAUAUACAACUAGAGAAGGUGCUAAAGUUACAUGGGGCUAUAUAAAUCGGAUUUUGGGGCAGCCAUCAUUGAUCCGGGAAUCAUCCAUGGCAAAGUUUCCAGGCUCAAGAAUCAUAUCUCAAGCCAAAAAUAGAGUUUUCAAUUAUAGUACUAUGGCCAGGGCAGAAAAGCCUGUUGAGAGUCAAAAUGGUGGUCUUGGAAAUGUAAUCCUCCAUCCAUCAUUGCAGAAAAGAAUAGAGCAUCUUGCACGGGCAACAUCAAAUACCAAGGCUCAUCAGGCACCAUUCCGCAACAUGCUUUUCUACGGGCCUCCUGGGACUGGUAAAACCAUGGUUGCAAGGGAAAUAGCUAGGAAAUCGGGUUUGGAUUAUGCUAUGAUGACUGGAGGAGAUGUUGCACCUUUGGGCCCACAGGCUGUUACCAAAAUUCAUGAGAUAUUUGAUUGGGCCAAGAAAUCAAGAAAAGGUUUAUUGCUUUUCAUUGACGAGGCCGAUGCUUUCCUGUGCGAGCGUAACAGCACCCACAUGAGUGAAGCUCAACGAAGUGCACUAAACGCAUUGCUUUUCAGAACUGGUGAUCAGUCUAGAGACAUUGUACUUGUCCUUGCCACCAACAGACCCGGUGAUCUUGAUAGUGCAGUCACUGAUCGCAUCGACGAAGUGAUUGAAUUCCCCCUCCCUGGAGAGGAGGAACGUCUAAAAUUAUUGAAGCUCUAUUUGAACAAAUAUAUAUGUACUGACAAUAAUGGCUCCAAGAAAGGCGUGUUGCUAAAGCAGACCCAGAAGAUUACGGUAAAAGAUUUAUCCGAGGAUGUGCUAAGAGAGGCUGCCAAGAAAACAGAGGGAUUUUCUGGGCGCGAGAUAGCCAAACUUGUGGCCGGUGUCCAAGCUGCUGUUUAUGGGCGCCCAGACUGCACCUUGGAUUCUCAGUUGUUCAAAGAAAUCGUAGAUUAUAAAGUGGUGGAACAAUUCAUUAAAAUAUUUGUUACCUAG